AUGCAGUCAUGGACGAACCAAACAGUCACCCCGGCCAGUCAAACCACUCAGCCAGAUGAUAUGCCUGCGGUCAGGCAGCCGAUUCUCUUCUACGAGGAGGAGACCAAUAUAAUCAAGAGAUAUGGCGGAUGGCCUUACGAAGGAACGAGUAUGCCCUCGGAGGCAUGGUAUUUCGACAUCGGGGGGACAAGUGUCAACUGGCGGAACGGUACCAGCCCGGCCGACAAUGGUUUAUCGGCCAACUCCCACGGACCAUUUGCGUCUGCGUCAGCAUAUACCAACUCGACAUUCUACAACUUUGGCGGCAACGUGUUCAAACCUAAUGCUUUACCGAAUAUGACCGUCCUUUCGGGCUUGGUCACUCAGGACUAUGCGUCCAGGAUCUGGAGCAACAAUACGGCCGAUAUACCUAACCAAAGCAAAUAUCGAACUCAAGCACGCGCGGUCCAUGUACCGAACUUUGGCGGUGAAGGAUUUAUUAUGGUGGUGGGCGGAGAAUCUCCUCCGACAGAAGCAUCCUUCUACGAGACUGGUACCGCGAUGACUGAUAUGUCGGUCAUUACAUUAUACGACAUUGAAUCUGGGAAUUGGUACACUCAAAAAGCGACAGGCGAGAUCCCGCCACCAAGGUCUGAAUUCUGUGCAGUGGGAUCGGCCACCGGCGACGGCCAAUAUUUCGACCUAUUCGUCUACGGUGGCUCGACCAACACGACGUUCGACCUCAAUAAUGCUGACGAUGAAGGGUAUUUGAACGUCUACGCACUUUCACUGCCAGCCUUCCAGUGGUUCAAAUCACCAUCAACCACCACAGUGAGAAGAGCCUGCCAUACUUGCAGCGUCAUUGGAAACCGACAAAUGGUCUCCAUCGGAGGAAGACUUCCCAGCUCCCUUCAAGACCUUGGCGUGGAGCAAGAUCCCUGGCCAAAUGGCAUUGGAGUUUUCGAUAUGACCGAGUUUGCCUGGGUAGAUCAUUACGAUGCCGCCGCAGAGGUCUACGACUCACCUGACCUGGUAAAGCAAUAUUAUGCAUCAAGCUACCAAGAACCGGCUUGGAGUGAUCCUACAUUAGCUUCAAUUUUCGCGUAUACGGUAACCAGUUCGACGAAUUCGACUUCAUCAGGCGGCAGCUCCUCAUCGGAUUCUUCGGGAAGCGACUCCGACAGCAGUGACAAUACUGGUGCGAUCGUGGGGGGUGUUGUUGGAGGAGUUGCCCUGAUCGUCAUCUUACUUGGAGUUUGGUACUGGCUCCGCCGCCGUCGCCGACCAGCUCACACUAUUCCUGACGAGAAAGACCAAAAAUUCCAACCCGUGCCUCACGAGGACCUGGUGGAAGCGGGGUCAAGGCCGCCGUGUUUCGAGGCGGACAGUAAUUUGAGGUCGGAACUCGAUGGGUUAGGGACGAAGCCACAGACCAUCGCUGAGCUUCCGGCCAACGAUGAAAGGGAGAAUCAUCCUCGUCAGUUAUGA